AUGGCCUCCGACAUCUUCAAGGCUCAUGACGUGAACAUCUCUAAUCGCGGUUUUGCUCUGAUCGAUGAGUCUCUCUUCUUGGGAUCUUACAGUUUCCUCAACGCUCCUUAUGGGGAUUACUGGAAGUUCAUUGUCCAAAAGCUUUUUCGAGCGCAGGCAGUUGAGCUGGCACGAGUCGUCUGCGCAGAAGAGCUAGAGCGGUUUUAUGCAAACCUGCUAUAUAAAGCAAAGAAGAAGGAGAGCGUUGAGAUCCAUAAUGAAACGUUGAAGCUCUUCAUCAACAUAACUUGCAGAAUAAGCAUGGGGAGGAGGUGUUCAGAAGAGAACGGUGAAGCAGAGAGACUCAGGGACUUGAUUAAAAAGUGCUCUGCCUUAACAAAGAAGCUCUUCUUUGCAGACAUGUCGCGUAGGAAGCUUGGAAUCUCACUGUUUAAAAAGGAGAUAAUGGAAGUUUCGCACGAAUGUGAUGAGUUUCUGGAGAGACUUCUUGUGGAACAUGAAAAGAAACUGAAGGAGGAUCAAGAUAAGGACAUGAUAGAUUUCUUAUUAGACGUUUAUCGAGACAAAACGGCAAGAGUCAUUUAG